UCAUAAAAAAUUUGAUGAGAUUGCAAAUGAUAGAAAAUCACUUUAUCUUAGAGAAGAAGAUGCACCUAGGCGUUCUUGUUUCAAUGAUGUUAUGAAGAGGCCAUCGAGUAGUUCUCUUGUGCUUGAAUCUGAUGUUUUUGGAAGAGAGGAGGAAUAGAGAAAGAUAAUUCAAUUAUUAAUGUCUCAUUAUGAGCAGGAGAACAUUGUAAUUCCCAUUGUCGGCAUGGGGGGUGUGGGAAAGACGAUACUUGCUCAACUUGUAUACAAUGAUCCUGAGGUAUGCCAACAUUUUAGCCCAAAGGUUUGGGUUUGUGCCUCCGAACAAUUUGAUGUUCUGAGAAUAACAAAAGAAAUUGUGUCAUCCAUUGUGGAUCCAUCCCAGUACAAUGAUAAUAAUAACUUAAAUUAUCUUCAAUGCAAACUCAAGGAUGCUCUAUUAAAUAAAAAAUUUCUUCUUAUUCUUGAUGAUGUCUGGAAUGAGAGAGCAGAUAUAUGGGAGGCCCUACGAGCUCCCUUUUCUUGUAUUGGAGUGGGAAAAAUUAUUAUAACAACUCGAUCUAUGUCAGUUGCUCGCAUCAUGCAAACAGUGCCACCACUUCAGCUUGAAUGCUUGCAUGAAGAGAAGUCAUGGUUAUUGUUUCAAAGACAUGCUUUCAGUGGUUGGGAGCUUAGUCAACAACUUGAUUUUGAACAACUUGGGAGGAGAAUUGCUAAGAAAUGUGGUGGAUUACCUUUGGCUUUAAAAGUUAUUGGGGGAUUUCUAUGAAAUGAAUUUAAGGAGCAGACAUGGAAGGAUGUGUUAAACAAUAAUUUAUGGGAUCCCAAAGAAAUUAUUUUGUCUGCACUAAGGAUAAGCUACAAUCACUUGCCAUCAUAUCUUAAACCAUGCUUUCUCUAUGCGUCUCUGUUCCCAAA